CAUGCUGCCUCGGCGGCCGCCUGGACCCGGAGCGGCCAGCCCGAGCCGCUGAGCCCCGCGGCGGCCGCGAGCUGCAUGGGGGAGCGCGGGCCCUCGGGAAGAUGCCCCGGCCGGAGUUGCCCCUGCCAGAGGGCUGGGAGGAGGCGCGCGACUUCGACGGCAAGGUCUACUACAUAGACCACACGAACCGCACCACCAGCUGGAUCGACCCGCGGGAUAGGUACACCAAACCACUCACCUUUGCUGACUGCAUUAGCGAUGAGUUGCCUCUAGGAUGGGAAGAGGCGUAUGAUCCACAGGUUGGAGAUUACUUCAUUGACCACAACACCAAAACCACUCAGAUCGAGGAUCCGCGGGUGCAAUGGCGGCGGGAGCAGGAGCACAUGCUGAAGGAUUACCUGGUGGUGGCCCAGGAGGCUCUGAGCGCACAGAAGGAGAUCUAUCAAGUGAAGCAGCAGCGUCUGGAGCUCGCACAGCAGGAGUAUCAGCAGCUGCAUGCCGUCUGGGAGCAUAAACUGGGCUCCCAGGUCAGCUUGGUCUCUGGCUCAUCAUCCAGUUCUAAGUAUGACCCUGAGAUCCUGAAAGCUGAAAUUGCCACUGCAAAAUCCCGGGUCAACAAGCUGAAGAGAGAGAUGGUCCAUCUGCAGCAUGAGCUACAGUUCAAAGAGCGUGGCUUUCAGACUCUGAAGAAAAUUGACAAGAAAAUGUCCGAUGCUCAGGGUGGCUACAAACUGGAUGAGGCCCAGGCUGUGUUGAGGGAAACCAAAGCCAUCAAGAAAGCUAUCACGUGUGGAGAGAAGGAAAAGCAAGACCUCAUCAAGAGCCUUGCCAUGCUGAAGGACGGCUUCCGGACUGACAGAGGGUCUCAUUCUGACCUGUGGUCCAGCAGCAGCUCUCUGGAGAGCUCAGGUUUCCCACUGCCAAAGCAGUACCUGGACGUGAGCUCACAGACAGACGUCUCAGGAAGUUUUGGCACCAGCAGCAGCAAUCAGUUGGCUGAGAAGGUCAGAUUGCGCCUUCGGUAUGAAGAGGCUAAAAGAAGGAUCGCCAACCUCAAGAUUCAGCUGGCCAAACUUGAUAGUGAGGCCUGGCCUGGGGUGCUAGACUCAGAGAGGGACCGGCUGAUCCUCAUCAAUGAGAAGGAGGAGCUGCUAAAGGAAAUGCGUUUUAUCAGCCCCCGGAAGUGGACCCAGGGAGAGGUGGAGCAGUUGGAGAUGGCCCGGAAGCGGCUGGAGAAGGACCUGCAGGCAGCACGGGACACCCAGAGCAAGGCAUUGACCGAGAGGUUAAAGUUAAACAGUAAGAGGAACCAGCUGGUGAGAGAGCUGGAGGAAGCCACUCGGCAAGUGGCAUCUCUGCACUCUCAGCUGAGAAGCCUCUCAAGCAGCAUGCAGUCCUUGUCUUCAGGGAGCAGUCCUGGGUCACUCACGUCCAGCCGGGGCUCUCUGGCUGCCUCCAGCCUCGACUCUUCCACCUCAGCCAGCUUCACUGACCUCUACUACGACCCCUUUGAGCAGCUGGACUCAGAGCUGCAGAGCAAGGUGGAGCUGCUGGUUCUGGAAGGGACCACAGGCUUCCGACCCUCAGGCUGCAUCACCACCAUCCAUGAGGACGAGGUGGCCAAGACCCAGAAGGCAGAGGGAGGCAGUCGCCUACAGGCCUUGCGUUCCCUGUCUGGCACACCAAAGUCCAUGACCUCCCUGUCCCCACGCUCCUCUCUCUCCUCCCCAUCUCCUCCCUGCUCCCCUCUCAUCACUGAUCCCCUCUUGACUGGAGAUGCCUUCCUAACCCCACUGGAGUUUGAAGACCCAGAUCUGUGUGCCACGCUUUGUGACCUGAGCCUCGGCUGCAGUACCCGGGAAACAUAUGGGCUGGAGGAACCCGGACCCGAAAGCAAGCCCUUGGGCAAAGCAGCAAGUGUGGCCCCAGGGUGCGGUCUGAAAGUGGCCUGUGUCUCUGCCGCUGUGUCUGAUGAGUCGGUGGCCGGGGACAGUGGUGUAUAUGAAGCUUCCGUGCAGAGACUGGGCACUUCAGAAGCCACUGCAUUUGACAGUGAUGAAUCAGAAGCCAUGGGUGCUACUCGGGUUCAGAUUGCCCUGAAAUAUGAUGAGAAGAAUAAGCAGUUUGCAAUAUUGGUUAUCCAGCUGAGUAACCUCUCUGCUCUGUUACUGCAGCAAGACCAGAAAGUGAACAUUCGUGUGGCCAUCCUGCCCUGCUCUGAAAGCACCACCUGCCUAUUCCGGACCCGGCCUCUGGACACUGCAGACACACUCGUGUUCAAUGAGGUGUUCUGGGUGUCCAUGUCCUACCCAGCACUUCACCAGAAGACCUUACGAGUAGACGUCUGUACCACUGACAGGAACCAUUCAGAGGAGUGCCUGGGAGGUGCCCAGAUCAGCCUGGCAGAGGUCUGCCAAUCUGGGGAGAGGUCCACGCGUUGGUACAACCUCCUGAGCUACAAAUACUUGAAAAAACAGGAUAGUGAACCCCAGCCAGUGGGAGCUACAGGUCCUGCCCCACGGCCUGACCGCAGGGAUGCUGUGUCUGCCUUGUUGGAGCAGACAGCCGUGGAGCUGGAGAAAAGGCAGGAAGGGAGGAGCAGCUCCCAGACGCCGGGGGGCAGCUGGCAAUAUGAGGAGGAGACCAGCGAGAACGAAGCAGCAGCUGAGGAAGAGGGAGAGGGAGAAGGGGAGCAAGAGGACGAGGAGGGAGAGGAAGAUGUUUUUACUGAGAAAGUCUCCCCAGAGGUAGAGGAAUACCCAGCAUUAAAGGUGGACAAAGAGACCAACACCGACAGCGUGACCCCAUCCCCCACAGUGGUGAGGCCCAAGGACCGGCGGGUGGGUACCCCAUCACCAGGACCGUUUCUUCGAGGCAACACCAUCAUCCGUUCUAAGACCUUCUCUCCUGGACCCCAGAGCCAGUAUGUAUGCCGGUUGAAUCGGAGUGACAGUGACAGUUCCACUUUGUCCAAGAAGCCACCUUUUGUUCGAAAUUCCCUAGAGCGACGCAGUGUCCGGAUGAAGCGGCCUUCAUCCGUCAAGUCCCUGCGCACAGAGCGCCUGAUCCGCACGUCGCUGGACCUGGAAUUAGACCUGCAGGCAACGAGGACCUGGCACACCCAGCUGACUCAGGAGAUCUCAGUGCUGAAGCAGUUGAAGGAGCAAUUGGAGCAAGCCAAGAGCCAUGGGGAGAAGGAGCUGCCCCCAUGGUUGCGAGAGGAUGAGCGCUUCCGCCUGCUGCUGAGGAUGCUGGAGAAGAAGGUGGAUCGUACAGAGCACAAGAGUGAGCUGCAGGCAGACAAGAUGAUGAGGGCUGCCGCCAAGGAUGUGCACAGGCUUCGAGGCCAAAGCUGCAAGGAACCUCCAGAAGUGCAGUCUUUCAGGGAGAAAAUGGCAUUUUUCACCCGGCCUCGGAUGAACAUCCCAGCUCUCUCUGCAGAUGAUGUAUAAUCACCAGAAAAGUAUUUCCUUUGUUCCACGGACCAUGCUGUGAAGGUUGACUGUGGCUAAAGUUAUUUCUGUGGUGUUAUAUGAAGGUACUAAGUCAAGUCCUGUAGCACUCUUGUUGGUUUGAAGAACAGAUUUUUUUUUUAGUUCAGGUUUUCUUAUUUAAAAAACAAAACAACAACAACAAAAACCCCAACCAAACGAAAACUACACACACACAUACACACAAAAAAAGAAAACCAGCAUUAAAAUGACAAGAUUGUAUAGUUUGUAUAUUUAGGAAUGUAUUUUUGGGAAAGAAAAUUUAAAUGAACUAAAGCAGUGUUAAGUUGCUGCUGCUCUUAAAAUUGUCUAGAUUUUUCUUUUUGUACAGCAGCAUCUUUUAGAGGUUUUCCUGCAAUAAGAAAUUGUGUUUGGGGCACGCUAAUUCUAAAAGGACCGUCCUAAAGAUGGCACAGCACAGUUAACCUGCCCUAGUUAACAUAUUUUGUACAAUAUUAAAAAGAAGACUGUACAGAAACUAUGGAGAGUCCCAAGGUUGUCCACAAAUCUUCAUGAGUUGUGGUGUGUGUUUAUGUGGCCGACUGAUCUGAAGCAGGCAGCAUGGAGCUGGCUGAGCAGGUUAGCCUGGGCUGCAGACAGGCCACACUGGUCUCAGAUGCCCAGUGAAGCCGCUGACAGAGUGAGGGAGGGCUGCGGAGAACUGCAUUUGGUUUUAUCUCUAUCAAUAAAGUGGCCUUUUGAAAAAGA